CUCUGGGUCUGGCCCCGUCCUCGUGCGGGGUCCUGCCCCUUUCCAGCCCGCCAUGGCUGCUGUCCUCGCAUUGCCUGAUGCCCGUGCCAGGACAACGGGGCCCGAUAUCCCACUCCUCCUUUUGUCCGCCUCCAGGGACAACAUCGGACGGUCCGCUCGGGAAGAUUUUAGCGAAAACAACCGUGAUUCGCUUCCCCAAGUGCCAAAGGGGGGGUCCCGGCCCCGGCGCGCGUGCUGGACGCCUCGGGGCGGAGCCCGGGCGAGCGCGUGUGGCGGGCCUUGCGAGCGGCGCGCACUAUAAAGCGGGACUCGAGGCCACCCGCGCACGCUUUGGAGCGAGUGAGGGGCUGGUGUAUCUUCAAGCUGAGGGACCACCCACUACCACUCCCAUCUUGGUGGUUCCCCCAGGAGUCCCAGGCCCCCACCGUUCCUGUCCUUGCUCCUGUGGCCACACCCCUCCGGGCUUCCUACAGUUCCCUGCAGGGGACAGCUGUGAUCAUGGCCGAGAGAGCCCUGGCGCCUACCCAGAUAGGGCGGGGGGACCGUUACUACACAUACACCGAGCUCCUGGCCAUCUCGCGGCGCUUCAAGCAGAACCCCAAUGAGCUCAUGAUCACCUGGAUCCUGCGGGUGUAUGACCAGGGAGGCCCAGCCCUGUCCCUGAAUUCUGGAGAGCUAGCCCUGCUGGGUGACCUGACCAGCGAUGCCAUCUUCAACUACCGCUGUAAGACCCUGCGGGGUGGCUGCAAGACGCUGCUCACCUGGCUGCUGCUGGCCUGGCGCCAGCGCUGGGAAUCCUUCCUACACUUCGAGGCCACCGAGCUGCCCUUCCGCCCCUGGACCACCAUGGAGGAGGGCAUCCAGCUGGUGAGGGAGCUGGGCAUGCUUGACUGGAUCUACCGUGAGUCACCAUCACCUCCUGCAGCAGAUCAGGGGCCCAGGCCUGCGCCCGAGGAUGUGCCCUUCACACAGGGCCUCCAGCGGCGCCUGCUGACAGCCGCACCCUCUGAGCUGCGGCUCUCACUGGUCAGCCUGCUGGUCAAGGGCAUGACGGUGCUGGAGGCAGUGAUGGAGAUCCAGACCAUCGCCGAUGUGGGCCUGCUCUGGCGCCAGAGCCAGCCAGGCCGAGCCAAGCUCAUGUUGGGGCCCAACCCGACACGCAAAGAUCUCAUGGGCUGGCUGCUGAGCCAUGGCGUGCCCAAGGAGAGGGUGGACAAGCAGCCCACCAAGGUCCUCCUGGAGCUGUACAUUAAAGAGGCCAAGCGCAGCCGCAGCCACCCUGCCUACAUGCUGGGGGAGGAGCAGCCCCCACCACCCCCCUACUCAGACCAGGCCUGUGGGGAGGAACCACCUGUGCCCGUGCGUCAUGACUAGGCCUCCCAGGCCUGGUCUUCCAGAUGGUUCAAUUCCAGGAGAGACACAGUCUGAGCCAGUGCCUCCCAAGCACCCGCAGCAUGGACUGAGGACUGGCCCAUCUGCCUGUUCUCCAGCUUCCCUGGGGCAAACUGCCCCAUUACUGUAUUUGAGGUUCCCAGAAGAAAGGAAUGUUCCUUGCCUCCUGGCUACCCUACAGGUGUCUCCAGCCAGAGCAUUGGAGGCCAGCAAGCUAGCUGGUGGCCCUGGGUGCCUUAUUUCCCCAGGGCACAACCUGCUCACCUGCUCUGUUGAGGUCUGGUACAUUUCAAUUUCAGCCUGAUUAAUUGGCACACAGGGUGGGCACCCAGCCCUCUGCCACACGGGCCCCCAAAGCACUACAGGCCAAGUGGGGAGACCCCACAGCCCAUGACAUGAAAGCACCUUGAAAUUUGCACCCUUUUUCUUAAGGUAUUUUUAAAUGCAGUGUUUUUAUCUAAUAAUUUAAGCAUAUGCAACACUUUGGUUUUAACGGAUGCUUUGUUCUCUUGGAAUGGUGUUUCUCUUAAGACUUUUCCGAUUCCUUUCCCUUUUAAAGUGGACUUUUGCUGUUUGCCCACCUGGAGAGGGGGCAGCCAGCCCCAUCUGAUUUCUCUAAGUGGAUGUGUCACCUCUGACCAGCCAGUGUCUGUCACAACUGGGUUAAAAGUGUCAGCACCAAGAAUCAGGUUCAUGACAGAUGGCCACCAUGGCAGGCCAUGCUAGGCACAUUGCACUAAUUAAAAAGCGUGAGCAUUGCUGUGUG